AGGAGUGCGUUCCUCUACGGGCUCACGUAUAACAAAUGGACUUUGCUACUGAACUUCACUGCAUACAUUCUGCUGCAUCGUGGAAAUAUACAACACUUAUAACUUCCCGCCUGCCAAUCAAUUGAGUUGUAGUGACGGCGUUUAUGUAAAUACCGUGGUUUGCUUGGAUAAGGCGGGGCGAUAAGGGUUUGGGGUUGGGUUCCGGCACCCGGAUGAAGAGCUGUUUGUGUAAUACUUCUUUUGAAAGCCACUGAUUUCUUAAUAGAGUGCAUAAAACUUUUGACAAGUUCAAUUAUUCCCUUGCAACUGCGGUCGUGGGAAACUGAGCGGCAGCGUAUUUUUUUUUUAACAAAACUGAAGAAUGAAAGUCUUGGUGCUUGGUGCCACAGGCAAAACAGGCCAGUUUCUAGUGAAGCAAUCCCUGCAGCAGGGUCACAUGGUGACUGCUGUGGUGAGGACUCCCAGCAAACUCACCAUUCAUCAUGACAACCUGAAGGUUGUUCAAGCAGAUAUUUUCUCUGCCGACAGCCUCGUGGAGCACUUUAAUGAGCAGAAUGUUGUCAUGUCCUGCCUUGGUUUCCCAAUAAGCAUAUUUUCUCAAGUUACUCAAUAUACAGAAUCCAUGAAAGCUAUUAUUGCUUCAAUGCGCCUGGCAAAAGUGAAGCGAAUUAUCGCAAUGACAUCCUGGUACACACAAACUGAGAGUGCACAAUUGACCUCUUGGAUGGUGCGGUGGCUGCUAAUCCCCAUGAUCCGUACCUUACUGAACAACAUGUAUGAGAUGGAAAAUUAUUUGACCGAGGAGUGUAUGGAUCUGGAUUGGACUACAGUCAGGCCUCCGGAACUUCAGAAUGCUCCAGAAACAGAUACUCAUAACAUCACCGCGGAUAGUUUCAGACCUCUAGAUAAAGAAAUGUUAACUUAUGGUGGCUACUUUGUUCCGGAUCAGGAUGGGAAUCCCAUUGCAAAUGCAGUGACACGGGGAGAUGUUGCUCGCUUCAUGCUUUCCCAGCUUAAUGAGGAUACGUGGGUGAAGAAGUCUGUGGCCAUGGUAACAGUGUGAAAUAUAAAUUCCUACAAUUUCCCAGCAGAAUCCUUAAAAUGGUUCAUCUAAACAAAUAAGAGACUAUUAUUAACAACAAAAGUAUUAACAUUUACUUUUAAUUCAGAGAUAAAUGAUUAACCUAAGAACUCAGUAGUUAUUUUCUUUCAUCUCUACUUUAUAUAUGAAUAGCUUUGACUGCAGAAUAUCAUAUGGGUGCGCUUAGAAAUAUCGAGCAUCUAUUUGAUUUUCUCUCUUGCAAUAUUUAGUGGAUUAGUUCAUUCUAUGUAAGCAGAAAACUGCACAGAAAUUGAGAAGAUUUAUAUAAAACUUGAUUUUACAAGCAUUUUUCAGUGGUUGACUGUAUUAAUGACAAUGUUAGUAAAUUUGCAAAGGAUUUGGAUGUAUUCAGAGAAAUUUUUUUUUAAAUAAAGGAAAUAAAGUUGUAAGUAAUGCAGGUAUGCUUAAUCUCAACCUGAAUGUAUAAUCUGCAUCAACCUGAUAUUGUUUUUGGAAACUCUGGAAUGAUUCUGCGUCAGUGCAUUGUCUAACUCAGAAUAAAAAAAAGAUGAAUCAAAUAGAGGAUAAUAGUAAAUCGCAAUGGAUUUUGUUUAUAUGGUAACUUGUAAAAUAAAGUAUUUUAUGCAUUCAAGAUGAA